AGCCUCUUUUGUGUCUAUUCUUCCCAUUUUCCCUUAUUUGUUCAUUUAAAAUCUAGCAAAUGAACUUCACGUUAAACUUAAGAGCAUUAUUCAAGGAGAAAUAUGUGUGUCAUCAUUACAGAAUUCACAAGGAAGUGCAGUCAUUCAAAGCAUUUCCUGCUCAACAGUUGAACUGGAUUUUAUUUGAAUAAAACAAUGACUUCAGUCAGACAUUAUAACCCCCUGACUCAGUUUAUUAGGAACACCAGUCAAAUACUGGGUAUUAUCUUUUAAAACGAGGAUAUUGCUUCAAGUACACAGAGCUUUAUUUUACAGCAGGUACGGUGGAGUGGCAGGCCUCGUCCUUUUAUGUGACUUUAAUGUUGGUGUGAAUCAGUAUUGUAUGGAGGUAGAAGAAGAAAAAGGAGACAGAAAACAACAAGAUAAACUUCAGGUAUGAAGAGGAGGAAUGAGGAUUACUAUACGUGGGGAUUGAAACCAUACACAAACAUGUCCUGGCAAAUAAUGUGGAAAAUAAAAGAUUUUCCACUCCAGACAGAACAGAUAGAUUAAUAUUAGUGAUUCUGACGAUACGAUACUAAUAAUUUAGAAUUCUUCAAGUAAUGAUCAAAAAAGUAAGUCUACCUGUCUGUCUGUCUGUCUGUUUAUCUAUCUUUCUAUCUAUCUAUCUAUCUCUGUUUACGUUCAUGACGUGUCGGAAAUUUCACCAAAAAUCAGUGGAUGUAAAUGUGAUUUAUUGAUGAUAAUUCUUUAAAACUACGAGCAAAUGACUUUUACUUGUAUAAGAGUGUUUAUAAAUUAUAAUACCGUUAAUCUCGAUUAAAUAAUUCAGAUUUCUAUGUGUGAAAACACUGGGGCUAAAUAACGGGUGUUUAGUAUCACUUCUCCGACGCUCCGUGAACGCAGCAUUCCGUUAGCUUUCAGCAGCGGUCGCCACGGCGACGCGUAUGGAAACGCUCCUCCACCAAUCACAGAGUGAGGCCGUACAAACGAGCCAAUCAGAGGGCCCCGUGUCUCGGUCACUUCCGCAGACAGAAGUUAGAACAGAAGAAGAAGAAACGCUCGUUUCUGUUGUAAACGUGAAAGUUCAGCGAGCUAGCUCGUUAGCAUGUGAGCUACCAGCGUGCUAGCUCGCGUUGUUGUGGGUUUUAAUGACCCGGAACUCUCCAUAGAAUCAAUGAAAACCCGGGAUUUAGCGGCGACACCGCCACCGGUUCACGUCCACGUACCGGAGACGACACCUGUGUACGUUCACCUGAGGAGGAGGAGUCCCGGCAAAUCCCCGCAGAACAGAACCAAAGAAGUCCAGGUGAAGGGAGACGGAGGGAAACCGAAGGCCCGGUCGCCAUGGAUACCUCCAGGAAGACUGUCCCGCAGAAAGAGCGUGGAGUUGAACAAGUGUCAGGAUCAGAGAGGGCGGGGUCAGCAUCAGUCAGAGAGCAUGAACAGACGUCAGCAGGAGGACGAGACGCCUGCAGAGUCCAACCUCAGUGUCCUGCUCCGAGAACAGGAAGACAUUCAGUGUCUGAAGAGGUCAGAUUGUCAGGGUCAGCACGGAGACGCUGACCUUCUCCUCAGAGCCCUCGUAGAAGCCGAGGUCGACGGCGUCGCCGUAGCCAAUCAGCUUUCAGCCCUGAAGGAGACGGUCACCAGCCUGACCAAGGAGAAGCAGCUGUCAAAGAGUCACACGGCGUCAGUGGGACGACAGCAGGAGCUGCUGCUGGAGAAGAUCCACAUGUUUGACCGGAGCAACCAGAGCCUGAGACAGCUGCUCAGAGAGAGGAGCGGACACGAGAGAGAAUCACUGCUGUGGUCAGAACACACGGACGCUCUGAAGCAGAGACUGACCCACAGUGAAGCCGAGAACUCUCGUCUUCAGGCCAAACUCGCCAACAAAGAGAAAGAGGCGUCCAAACUCGCCGAGCACUUGGACUUUGAAAAGGACAGCGUCAAGACGUCGGACGAGCUUUCGAGAAUCCUGGAGUCGAAGCGCGAUCAUCUGGAGACGCAGCUGAACAGAGUCGAGGAUGAGAAGUCUCGUCUGGCUGCUCACAUUCAGAGGAUGCAGCAGAACCAGCAGCAGCAGCAUCAGGAGCUCCACACUCUGCAGAAGGAGCUGCUCGCUCAGAGGCAGCGGCGGAACGACGACCACCACUGGGAAGCUCUGACUCGGCUGACUCAGCACGCCGAGCGAGCCGAGGAGUCCGUCAGAGAGCUCGCGGGGAAGCUUCACGAGAAGGAAAGUGAACUGGCCCGAGUUCUGUCCACGUCCAGUGACUGGUGUCUGCGACACUCCAGAGAAGCUGCUGCUAAAGUCAAGCUGGACGAGGAAGUGACUGCACUCAGACUUCAGGUGGCCGAGGCGAACGCUCAGCUUCACUCGGCGGAGGAGAGGAGUCGAGCGGAGAGGGAGGAGCUUAGGAAGCAGCUGCACCAUGUCAGCGCCGAGAACGCAUCCAACAAACUGGAGAACCAGACGCUCAAGGCCGAGUCGUCGUCGUGUGAGGAGAAAGUGCGCCUCCUGCAGUCUGAAGCUCGUCAGCUCAAGUUGUCCAUCAAGAAGUUGGAGAACGUGGUGGAGAAAUAUAAGAAGAAGGUGCAGGAGGCGCGGCAGGAAGCGGACGACCUGUGCCUGAAGCUGCAGGAGACGCAGCAGGAGACGCGGGAGGUGCAGGAGAGCCUGGAGCAGGAGAAGGAGCGCGUGAGGAGGGAGCUGCUGGCACGACUGCGAGAGCUCGAGACCAUGCCAGACCGACUGAGGAGGGCGGAGCAACAGCUGCGGGAAGCCCAGCAGGAGGCCGACGCCCACCAGAGGAGGAACAUGGAGCACUGCUCCGCCCUCUCUGAGGUCAGACACAAGGUGGAGCAGCAGGGAGCUCAGCUGCAGACGUUGCAGCAGAGGAAUCUUGUGCUGCAGGAGGAGAACGACGCCCUCACAGAGAAAACACACAACUUAGAGAGAAAGCUGGAGAAAAUGAAGUCAGAAUACAGAGACAUGUGUCACACUGUGACGUCACAGGACGACAUUCAGCAGCAGCUGGAGGACAAAACUCUGGAGUGCAGCGUCCUCACGAGACAACUGCAGCAGACUGUGGACGACGCUCAGAGACAGGUCGACGACGGCGUCCACAAAGUUCUGGUCAAAGAACGAGUGUCUCAGUCCAAAGUUCUGGAUCUGCAGAGUCAACUGAGCCGAGCCAAAUCAGAACUGAGUCAACAGCAGAGAAGCAAAGAGCAGAUGGAAAACCGCUUCCAGACUCAUCUUCAGAACCUGAAGGACAGACUGGAUCAGUCUGACUGCACCAACAGAACUCUGCAGAACUACAUCCACUUCCUGAAAACCUCCUACGGAAACGUGUUUGGUGACUCGUGGGUCGGGAGCUGAUGGAGCUGUAAUCUGACGGAGCUGUAAUCUGACGGAGCUGUAAUCUGACGGAGCUGUAAUCUGAUCAUGAAGCUCAUGAUAUUAAAAUCAUGAAGAUUUUAAUCUUUUUCAAACUAUUGAAGCUUUUUUUAUAUGAAAAAAUAAAUGUGUUUGUUUUUUUAUUGAAAA